AGAAGAGCUGUGACGAGUUUCAGUGAUAAUCUCCGGGAAAAAAGGUCCGCAAGAGCGUUUUCGCACAAGAGUGCAAUUGAACUUGGACUCCAGGAAUUCCAGGAUGCUCGGACUUGUACUGGGAUCAGUUUGACAGCUGAUGUCCGCGGAGUCCGACGCAGCGUUCCUGUCAUCAGGCCUCACUCCUGGCACCUGGCAAAGCUAUCUGAGCCGCCCCUCCCUCCCUCUCCCCCUCCUCCUCCUCCUCCUCCAUCUCCUCCUCCACCCUGCCUGCCCACUGCAGACUCCCCCCCUCUCCCUCCUCCUCCCCCUCUGUCUGCCAUGCAGCUCCACCCCGGCCCAUACACACUACCCUGGCACACAUCCGACAACAGUGAAUUGUCCUUGCAGUGGGGUCAGCUGUCCAGACCUUAUUCCUCCACUGACCGAAGCAGUUCUCUGGGCUCCAUGGAGAGCUUGGAUACACCAACACCCACGACACAACCUUACUCCGACUCCCAUAAUUCACCCGUCGACCCCGCCCUCUUCAACAACAAGAGAGACUCUGCCUACAGCUCAUUCUCCGCCAGCUCCAACACAUCUGACUACGCAACAGUGACACUAAGGCCGGGAGAAGCCUGCUCCAUGGAUAACCUCCUCCAGAGUCUAGGACCAACUUGUCGAGGCUACCCUGGUGUUGAUACCUCAACCCUGGGGAAUUCUUCUGGUGAAGUCCUGGGUGAGGCACAGCUCAUUGUUCUUAAGUCCAGGUCGCUGACCAGGACAAGACCAAGGCCCGUUGAGGUAAAAGAGAGGCCCUCCUCUUGCUGUUAUGAGGAGGAGCGGAGAGGAGAAGACUUUGAAAUAAUAAGAAAUGGAGAAAUGGGAGCUGAGAGAAAGAAGAAUCCUCCUCAGCCUCCAACCAGGAAGGACAGUUUUAGGGCCACCCGGAGUCGCCCUAAUUCUGCCAACAAACGUUGCACUUCUGCACCCAUUGAAAUUUCCACUGUUUCUUCUCUUAAUGAAGAAACAAAGUCCUACCCAAAUGUUGAAUCAGGAAUCUAUAAUGGCUUCUCUGCAACAGAAGAUGGUGAUAAAACUGGGAACUCCAAAGAGGAUUCUAUGGACUUGCACUAUAUCCAAAGACAUACUAAAGACAUUAGACAUAUAAGAUGUGACACUAGUGCUAAUAACAACUUUAACUCAGACACAGCAUCAGAUCACCACCCUGACCCAGUCACAGCUCCCCUUGUCCCCUUCAGCACCUCCCCCCCAGGCUCCUUAUCUGCAGAGCCCUCCAUUGAGGUCCAAGGGCAGUCUCAUACCAUAGACUCUCAGGCCAAGUAUUCCUGUAGGGGGCUGCACCGACACAGCGCCCCAGAGAAGCUGCUCGCAACCCAACUUCAGCUAUUGGAGUUUGACAGUGAAGACUCCCCAUUGGAGCCUUGCAAUCCAGCAAAAUCUUCUGACCCUUCAUUGUCCUCUUGUAACAGUCAGUGGCCCCAUUCAUCGCUCCAGCCUAUGAGGGAAGACACAGAUCCUUCUCAGAACCAACCCCAUACUCAAAAUAAAUGGGGUGGUAGUCGUUGUUCCACCCCAGGAUCUGUGUUCUUGGAAGGGGGAGAUGAUGGUCCAGGUUCAAGUGAGAGACUGGAAGCGAUUGGUGUUAAUGGGGGGUCCGUACCCACAGUUGAGCAUCACCAUCCUUGGGGCCGCUCUGUGAGUGUACCAGGGGACCCCACUGGAUCGUCAACCCAGGGAAGGUUGAGCUCUGAUCAAAUACUGGAGAGAGAUUUUGAGCCUCUUAGUGCUGCAUGCAGUGUGGAUACUUUGCUGGAAGAACAAAGGGCAGUGGACAAAGAAAGAAGUGGAUUUAAAAAGGUGGAGACUAUCGAAGGAGAGCCGGAUCUGAGAAAGUCACACUCGUCCAGGAAUCACCGUCGGAACCGCCGUCGUAAUGAGCGAUUUGCUACGAACCUCCGCAAUGAGAUCCAGAGGAAAAAGGCCCAGCUCCAAAGUAGCCGUGGUCCAGGGGGGUUGCUUUGCAGUGGGGAAACUGUACAAGAGGAAGAGGGUCCAGAGCUCAAUGAAGACGGGGCAGACCAAGAGCUGCCUGCCCAGCAAAGGACUACCAAAGUUGCAUUCGCUUCACCAGUUAGUUCCCAUGAUGCAGGUACCACAGCACCAGUUGAGGAAUCAAUUGAAUCAAACCAUGAUGUCCUGCCUCAGCCACAGUCAACAACCUGCCCUCAGAGCAACAGUCCAACUAGAUCCGUCCAGAUUCUUGACCCAGGAGUCCCCAGUUUUGGGGUUGGAAUCCGAGUUGUGGAGGAACCAGCUCCUGCUGGUAAAGCCCGCCGCUGGCGUUGGACCCCUGAGCAUAAACUUCAACCAGAACCUGAACCAGACAGAAGGAAUGGAGUCUCACGUGAGAGGGUGUUGGGAGUCUCAGGGUCGAGGCAUGGGGUCUGUGCCUUCACCCCUUCAUCCACUUCCUCAUACAGUCGCUCAUCUUCCUGUUCUCGAAUGGACGAUUCCGAUAUCCUUCCAUUUGCAGAUAGAAUGAAGUUUUUCGAGGAGACUAGCAAGGCCAUGUCUAAGUCAAAUGGGUCAAGUUUGACAAGUCAGAGGCAGAACAGGCCCCAGCAAAAUGCAGAGCUUCAAGGACGGGAACUUGGUCAACAUCAAGCCCAAAGGAGAUACUCCUACCAGGGUGGCCUUCAACAGGAAAGUUCCCUGCUUCCAAGCACUGCGGAAUCCCGAAGGAUGUCUGUUAGUACCAGCAGGGAGAGGCAGAGAGAGAAGGAGAGGGAACAAGCCCGAGUAAGAGAGGAAAGGGCUCAGGACAGGGACAGGGAAGAGAGGUUGAGAGAAAGAGAGUGGCAGCAGGAGAAGGAAAGACAGGAGAGGGAACUGGAAAUUGAGAGGGCGAAACUCAGGGAGAUCCAGCAGGAGAGGGAACGAGAGGAGAGGCUGAGACACUGGGAGAGGGAAAGAGAGAGGGAGCUUGAGCUGGAGAGAGAAAAAGGGAUGAAGAAGGCCAGAGAGAAGGAACAUCUCAAGAUACAAAGAGAGAAAGAGCUUGAGAGAGAACGAGGGGGGGGGAGGGAAGAAGAUGCUCAGCUCACCUCGCAUCAGGAGUUUUAUGGCAGUUCUGGCUUCAAAGAAAAGAAUCAAGACUACCAACCCAAGGACAACUUCCAGCACAAGCCUCAGACCAUCUCCCAUAGCCAUACCCAGAAUCACGUCCAGCGAUCGGCUUUUUAUCGAGUCAACACCUCCUCCCAGCAAAUGGAAUAUCAGCAACCUCUUCAGGAGGGAUAUACAACAAGAAGCUACACUGCUACAGAGAUGUAUCCCGCCCGGCAACAGGAAACUGCCAAACUCAACAGGAAGUACAGCCUGACUGAGAGGGACUAUUCAAGCUGGAGACGGGAAUCGAGGCCUCCAGAGAGCGUUCAUCAUUAUAAUCAUCAGCCCCCGCACCCGGGUCGUUGGAGCUCCAGACAAGUGGACGGAGGCAACGAUGAGCAGAAUGGAUACGCUUUCCCUCCCCCUCCAGCUCCUCUCUCUCUGCGAGGGCGCGCCAUGUCUGAAAACGACCUCCGCUUCGACAGCAGCCACCGGUGGUCUCCGUCCAUUUCUGUGGCGGCCAGCGAGACUCUGAGCGAGGUAGAGGAAGGAGCCGGCGGGGUCAGAGGAGUAGAAGCCGCCAACACCGCCUGGCCUAAGAGAAAGAAAACGCCACCUCCCCCAAGACCGCCGCCCCCAAAGUGGGAGCAGUUCCACCGCAGACGUGCGUCUCACCACGCCCUCUUCUCCUCUUCUUCUUCUGCUGCUCCACACUCCGCGUCUCCCGCCUUCGUCCCUCCGUCAGAAACAUCCCGACAGCGCUCCUACAGUCUUCCUCCAGAGAGACAGGAAGCUUCAGAGAGCUGCCCGCGCUGCAAGUGCAACCAAACCCAGCAGCAAACGUAUUCCCACGCCUCGUCCAAUCAGAGCCAAACACAAACCCUGGAACACACUGUCUCCCUCGUCGCUCCGUCCAAUCAGAAUCAGGUGGAAUAUCAGGAGCAGCCCUUUGCUAUGGCUCUGCCCAGUCCCACGUUCUCCAGGCGGGCGUUUAGACCGGUGGCCCCGCCUCAAAGAGAGAGGAGCUCAUACGACGAGCAGCAGGAGGGGGUGGAGAUUUUACUGACUCCGCCUCCACCUCCUACACCAGCAGAAGAGAGCGGGAGAAGCGUGUCUGAGGUAAACGACAGCCACAGCCCAGAUCAGGACAAAUUAAGACCUCACACACACCAGCCCAACGCGAGGCCAGGAGCCGAGUGGGAGAGGACGCCGUCUCCCAGAGUCCGCAGUGACUCGUCGCUUCCUCCUGUUUUAGAAAACAGAGAAGUCGGUGCCGCUUUACGUCCUGAGUCGUACUUCUCCAUCGACUACAUGCAGCAGCAGCAGCAGCUUCGUAUGGGUGCAGACCACCAGAAGAUCUCUGAACCAGGAACCGAAUCGGAGACGACCCUCAGCCCGAGCCCCGCGCACAGCCUGGACGCGGAGCUCGACAUCCCCAUGGAGACGGACAUCGACGACUUCCAGGAGGACGAGGAGGGACUUCCGGCGGGGGACGAGCCGAUCACCAGCGAGCUCCCGUGCUUCGCUCUGCCCGUCACCGUCCUGGAGACGGACAUCGACACCUUGCAGGGCUCCGAGGCCUCGCCCUCGGCGGCAGCGGCGGGCAGGACGCGGGCGGAGAGCGGCUCUGUGGAGGAGGAGGAGCUAGAGGUCAGGGAGAGGCUGAGUCUGGAGGAGCUCUUCCCCCAGAGCGGCGAGGGCGAGUCGGGCACGGAGAGCUGGAGGGGAGCCUACCAAACCCAGGAGCACAACACGGACAGCCUGGACAGGCGGUCGGGUGCGAGCUCCAGCUGCUCGUCUUAUUACAGCACGUCUGCGGCCAAAGCUCAGCUGCUGUCACAGAUGAAGGACUUCACGGACACCAGAGAGAGGGACGAGGACGACGAGCUGACGUACAAGAAACAGCUGAUGGAGAGUCUCCGUAAGAAGCUGGGCGUGCUGAGAGAAGCUCAGCGGGGGCUGCAGGAGGACAUCAGAGCCAACGCACAGCUGGGAGACGAGGUGGAGAGCAUGGUGGUGGCCGUGUGCAAACCCAACGAGGUCGACAAGUUCCGCAUGUUCAUCGGCGACAUGGACAAGGUGGUGAGUCUGCUGCUGUCUCUGUCCGGGAGGCUGCUGAGGGUGGAGACCACGCUGGACACUCUGGACCCCGAGACGGAGCACCACGAGAGGCUCCCCCUGCUGGAGAAGAAGUGUCAGCUCAUGAGGCAGCUGUCCGAGGCUCAGGACCUGAAGGACCACGUGGACCGCAGAGAGCAGGCCGUCAGCCGGGUGCUCGCCCGCUGCCUCUCCCCCGAGCAGCACAGAGACUACAGCCACUUUGUGAAGAUGAAGGCGGCCCUGCUGGUGGAGCAGAGGCAGCUGGAGGACAAGAUCCGGCUGGGAGAGGAGCAGCUGCGGGGGCUGAGGGAGAGUCUGGGUCUGGGUCUGGGGAUCGGUAUGGGAAUGUCGAUGGGAUACGGACAUUACUGAAGAAAGAUAAAAAAAAAACAAAAGAGAUGAUGAAGCAGGGUGUGUAGUCAGAUUCAGGUCGACACGUUGGAGAUUUAGAGGUGAGCAUUGAUUCUUAAAGGAAUAGUUUGACAUCUGUCUCUUAAGACUCACUGUUUAAUAUGGUUUAUGUCAUUUUGACUUCCUGAAGUCUUAAUGCUAAGCUAGGCUAAAGGUUCCCUGACCCUACAUCUAAGGCUUUUUAUAAGAAGUAGUAGGAAAAAGGGAAGCCAAUGCCAAAGUGCCUUCAAUUUGCAUUUUUUUCAAAUGGCCAGCAGGGGGCGACCAAAAUCUGAUUGUGCAGAAGCUAUCUGAAUAUUUCCCAUCUUCUCACUUAAAACCUUAGUAAGCUUUUUCUCAAAGUCUUUUUUGUCUCAAUGGCAAGUACAAAGACUGAUCUAAUACACAAAGAAGUUAAUUUAGUAAAUGAUGGUCCCAUUUAGAUUGAAACUGACAAUUAAGAUGGGUUUUUGAGGGCGUGGCUGUGAUUGGCUAUUACGUAGCUUAGCUGUCUAGUUCAGCCUUUCUUUGUGAUUGGCAAUGGAGUUGGCUGUACAUGAUGUUUUGGCCAGAACAUUUUGUAAAAAUCAGGUUUCAUGCUAAACAAAUUACAGUUGGAUGUUGCUAAGCCAAGCUAGCAUUAGCUGAUAUUUUAGCAUUUUUCUAACCCCAACGCUUCUGUCCAUAAACACCCUCUCUUCCAAAUACAUGGUAACUUUUUUUUUGCUUAAAAAAUAACAAGAUGGUGAUGGCCACAAUGCCAAAUUUAAGACUAAGGUAACUAAGAGUUGGCAUCACAUUGGCAAGACAGCUUCAUCUUUAGCACUCCAAAUUGUCAAACCAUUCCUUUAAGAGUUAGAAAAAUGUUGAUGCCGAGGUUUCAGGACCAAAAACCAACAGCUAGAAAAGCUCCACGGUGAAGACUAAGACCAAAACAGGAGCUUAAGGCCAAAGGGGUCAGAAAGUGGAAAGAAGUGGACUUAAGUACUAAACCUUAGAAGAAAAAAAAAGACCGAAGAAGAAAGUGAAGCACGGACUUGUUAAAUCUUCAAAUAUAAAGAAUACACCAGAUGCUUUUAACGACAACAUAUCCCCCAAACACUUGUUUAAAGACGUUGAAAGUCGAUAGCCUCUGCUUCACAUUAAGUGCCUGAAACAUGUACUGUAACGCUAACACUGAUCAGUAUCACACUACGUUGCCAAAGACAUUUUCGCUUGAUGAAUGUGUCACUGAGAUGCUGCUUUAUGUGUGUUUUUUCUUUUUGUAUUUAAAUCUCCUGGUUCAGAGAAUCUAAGGAGACUUUUAUUUUCUGGUGCUUCACACUUAAAAACUGUUUCCAUUAACAAAACUGCAGCAUUAUCGGGAAGUUAGCUAAAUGUGUCAUUUUGUCUUCGUUGCUGGUUGACACCUCUAUUUAGCAUUACAUAUACUGUAUUAUCUACCAUAAUGUCACCAUAUUACUUUGUAUUCCUAUUACUGUAAUGUCUGUGGAUGUAACAUGUUUCACUGUGUGGAGUUUGAGACCCCACCGACUCGUUAUACUGUCACAUAUUAACUGUUAUGUACAGAGGACACUUGUGUUUAUAAUGUAUAAGAUGUGUAAAUAGUUCUUUUGAUGUUUGAAGUGACUGGAAAAGAUUGUAAAAAUUGGUUGUAAGGAUGGACAAGAAGACUGCCAAGAGAGAAGAUUAUUGGGUAUUUUUGAUGGAGAAAGAAUCCCAAGAAUUGUUGUUUUUGUUGUUAGCUUGAUCAAGUAUUAGGUGAACUUUUCCCGAAGUUUACUCCCAUUUUGAACCCCUUUAUUUGUUUUCUUAAAGCCUUGAAUUUUAUUUUUUUGUCAGUUAGUGUUUACUGGAAACUGAAGUCUAAAGAACAUUUAUUGGCUUUCAUGGUAAAAGUUGGAUGAGAAGAUUGACAACGCUCUCGUGUCUGUACGUAAUGUAUAAAGCUAGAACCAGCAGAUUGUUAGCUUAGCUUAGCACAGCUUUUGAAAAUGAAGGGAAAGGAACUCUCUGUCCCCCUACUCGCACUUCUUAAACUAAUUAAAAGCAAUUUCUUGAAUUUUCAAUUGGUGCAAAACUACAUCUAAAAAUUACACAUUGUGAUAACCAGCUUGUUCAGGCUAGCCAAUUUAGCUUUUUGGCUAGCUUGCUUUGGUUCUAUUUAACACUUACAAUUUCUUACAGAUAAAAAUUUGCUUUACAGGAUUUUAACAGAGCGAUGCUUGGCCCUGUCCAAAAUGUUAAAAUAUCUUCCUACCAGAAACUCUCUAAAGAUCAAUAAAUAGAGCCAAACGAAGGUGUAAAAAGACACAGAUAGGGGCUCGCUAGUUAAGGUUGAAAGGCUAGCUGUCUUUAGCUAGCAUGCAUUUGUCUUGUUUUCGCAUUGUACAGUUGAAACAAAUAUACAUAUUUAUAAGUGAGCUUUAGAGCUCAGGAAGGCUAACAUAUGUUUAUGGACUCAGGUUCGCUGUUUUCCUCUUUUUCCAUUCCUAAUGCUAAGCUAAGCUAACUGGCUGAUGGAUUUAGCCUCAUAUUUAACACGCAUAUGUACAAGUGUGGUAUCAAUCUUCUCGUCUAACUCUCAGCAAGAAAGAACUGCAUAUAUUUGCCAAAUUGUCCACCUUUUUGUUAAUGAAAGUGCCAAAACAUACCAAAAAUGACUUCUUGUUCCCAAUCUUUGUAAGACAAGCUAUCCUGAGAUUCAGUAUUUUAACUUAAGGCAAUAAAUGUUAAAAAAGAUAACAGUAGCUCAACAAGAGAUGGGAGGGAUUCUGUUGGGGAGAUUUGUAUAGUUUGACUGUUUAAAGGCAAACUUUUGUAAGUUGCUGAAAAAUUCAAACACAUUUACUUUUGGCUUACAUUAUUAGUUUAACUGGUUGGAUUAAAAGUCACAGUUUAACACUUGUUUUCGUUCACUACCUAAGUUCAUUCUCAGAUGAUUCCUGCUGUUUUAACACCCAAAACUCCAAACUUAACAUGUCCUUGUUGUUCUGUAUUGUAAAUAUUACAUGUAUUUUUGUACUAUAACAGCCAUUUUUAAAGCUGACCGGGGGGAAAAAAGAGGAAAAAAGAUGCUUGUUGGGUUAGUAUGAGAGUAUAUUUCUUCCGUUCUUGUUUUCCUGUGUAAUUUUGAUAUAUUACGGAUUUUUUUUUGUAAAAUGUAUUGCAAGAUGUGUAAGUGAAAAACACUCCUGUGAGUAAAAAGUACCACAAAUAAUAAUAAUAGUAUUUUAAACAAGCUCUACGUCUCCUGUUGUGAUUUAUAUCCUCCUGGGUGAACGGUCUUUUUAUGUGUCCGGUGCAGAGAUGUAGGAUAUUUUUUCAUCUGAGGGGGAAACUGUUGUUUGAGUGUCGGGGGAUGGUUAAGUAAAUAUGGCCAAGGUCGAACAGAGGUUGUCAGAUGAUGAGUGGAGGGGAGAUUGAGUCGUUCAGCGGCUGCUCAGUCGGCGGAUUGAGAGAUGUGGGGAAAAGAUUUGUUUUGAAUUGUGUCAAUAAAGGCUUAAACGGCCCAAAAAUAUCUUUCAAAAAAUAA